AUGGAAUUGUUGAAAACGGAGACAAUGAGUGAUUGGAACGCACCACGUCUGCGUGACGACCAGGUGUGGUAUGCAGCGAUGGAUGCAACCAGCCUCAUCGCGAUUCAAACGAAAAAACGAGAUGCCACCACAACCUAUCAGCGAGGGUUUUUGGAACUGGAAAAGUGCUUCGAAGGGAUCCUCGAGUAUGCAGAGCCCAUCUACUUCAAGCUGACUGCAGGAGCCAUCAACUAG